AUGUCUCUUGAAGAAGGCAAGCGUAAGCGCUCCAACAUAAAGCGCAACAUUUCGCGUAUUAAAUCGAUCGUCGAAGCGGCAAGGGAGUCAGAUGAUAAACUUACCAAUGCUGAGCUUCAAUGUCGACUAGGAAUACUGGAAUCUUACUUCAAGCAGGCCUUAUCCGUCCAAGCUGACAUUGAGGAUUUAGAUCCACUUGACAACGGCCGCGCAGAUCUGGAAGAUAGCUACGUAGCAGUUAAGCUGAAUAUUCAAGCGCAACUGGGAGAAGAUGCUAACGGUACAGUGCACUUUCCCGAAACGUCAACACCAGCAGUUGUUAAGCCCUCGUCGCAUCUGCCAAGACUAACAUUGCCAACAUUUAGUGGCGAUUACGCAGACUACAACAAGGGUCCCGCGCUAGAAACGGUUCAUGCAUUCCAAGUCACUAGCGAAAACUAUCCGAAGGCUUUGGAUAGGCUCAAGCAACGGUUCGACAACCCAACGUUAAUUUUUUUGGAAGGUAUUGCCUCACUGUUCGCAUUACCGGCACUGGAAAGGUCGAACGCUCAACAGCUGCGCAGUUUAAUAGACAAGGCAUCGGCAAUUUUUAGCUCCUUGGAGUCAGUAGGAACGUUUGCAAACAUCGCACAUGCAUUGCUAAUUAACAUUGUGAUGGGCAAGUGUGAUCAGCAAACCAGGAGCAAAUGGAACGAGUCUCUGGACUACAAGUCGCUUCCAACUUGGUCACAGUGCACUCAAGUCGUGGAACGACAUUGUCAGUUCUUGCACUCAUGCGAGGCAUCGUCACAACGAAAACCCGAGUCUGGAAAGCAAAAUCGCGCAAGCAAUCGCAUGCAAAAUUCGUCAUUUGCUAUCACUAACUUUAAUUGUGUUCUUUGUUCCAGUUCCAACCAUAAACUCGUCAGUUGUUUGAGGUUUAAGGAGAUGAACACAAAUCAACGCUUUGAUCUCAUCAAGAAGCAUGAUGUAUGCAUCAACUGCUUAGGCAAUGGUCAUAGAAUGAUCCAAUGUCCAUCCAGGAAUCGCUGCCGCUCUUGCAAUCGAGCACACCACACGUUGUUGCAUCAUGAGAAUGCAUCUCAACCCACUCAAACAACUCCAGUGGCAGGUCCCGCAUUCCAGCCUUCGGGGUCUACUCGACCUACAUGGCAAACUUCAUCUCAAGAAUCGACAGCAACCCACUCGCACAUGGGUGCAUCGGAAGGUGGACAGGUGAUUCUUGCAACGGCUAUGAUCCUGGUCAAGGACGCUACGGGUACGUAUAAGUUGGGCAGAGCCCUCCUAGAUUCAUGCUCUCAACUCAAUUUCAUCACUGAGGAUUUCGCGCAAAAACUACGCCUUCGACGUGAGAAACAUAAUGUGGGCGUUCGAAGCAUUGGAGACUCGCUAACCAGCCUUAAGGCGCGUACGACCACGACCAUCAAAUCGCGCACUUCAGCCUUUCAACUGUCACUUCAAUUCGGAAUCACCUCGCACAUAGCAUACCAGCCAGAUGCCGAGAUCGACACGUCCGGUUGGAGCUUGCCAGCCAAUACCAAAUUAGCAGACGCGAUGUUUUUUAAGCCCCGGCGCAUAGACCUGUUGUUAGGAACAGAGGCCUUCUUUGAUGCUCUUGCUGUUGGCCAAAUUCGACUGGGUCCAAAUUUACCGACGCUUCAGAAGACGUUGUUUGGUUGGGUCGUCUCUGGUAGGUUUCGAGGUGACUAUAACGUGACGUCAUCAUCUUGUCUGCUGUCAAAUGAAACCUCAAUCGACGAGAAUUUGCAACGCCUAUGGCAACUGGAAGCCAUCGACACGUCACCAAAACCAACUCAGCCAGACCAUCGAAUUUGUGAAGAGCAUUUCACAAAAACAACUCAUCAAGACCACACUGGUCGAAUUACUGUAAAUCUGCCAUUUAAAGACAACCCAAUUUGUCUCGGAGAUUCCUUCGAUAUCGCUCGUCGGCGAUUCCUUGCGCUUGAGAGACGUCUUCUACGUUCGUCCGAAAUCCGUCCGCAGUACAUUGCCUUCAUGGAAGAGUACGAAAGUCUUGGCCACAUGUCAGUAGUAGCACACCCCAACUUGAAAGAGCCACACUACUAUAUGCCACAUCACUGCGUGCUUAAACCUAGCAGCACGUCAACCAAAUUGCGAGUAGUGUUUGAUGCCUCGUGCCGCACCUCAACACAAACAUCAUUGAACGAUCAUUUGUUAGUGGGGCCCACAAUUCAACAAGAUUUAUACAUGCUUCUAUUACGUUUUCGUCUGUAUCGUUUCGCCAUCACCGCAGAUAUCACUAAAAUGUACAGGGCACCCCAUUUUGGCGGCCUCUGGGAAGCAGCAGUUAAAAGCGCAAAGGGACUGCUCUAUCGCACAUUGGCUAAUACAAGAUUAACAUAUGAAGAACUGAGCACUGUAGCUGUGGAAAUAGAGGCCAUACUAAACUCGCGUCCGCUCUCACCGCUAUCAUCAUAUCCCAAUGACUUUGAAGCACUCACUGCUGGACAUUUUUUGGUCGGGUCAUCGCUACGUGCCCUACCCGAAAGCUCACUCGAAGAGAGAAAUAUCUCGAAUUUGGAUCGAUACGAUAUGAUUACGGCCAUCAAGCAGCGCUUUUGGCGCCGCUGGUCUUCAGACUAUGUCAAUGAACUACGCUCACGAGUCAAGUGGACGACACCUACACCCAAUCUUGCAGAAGGUACGCUAGUGAUCAUCCACGACGAUAACCUCCCACCACAACGCUGGAAGCUUGGUCGCGUUGAGUCGACCGUACGUGGACGAGAUGGUCAUGUUCGAGUUGUGCGCCUCCGCACUACUAAUGGGAGCUGUUGCCGGCCUGUUCACAAACUUGCCAUCCUGCCAGUGUCUUGA